GGAAAUACCACUGAUACAGUUUGCUCCAUAUCAUAGCGCCAGUCCACUAUGUACAUGGCGGCACCAUUAUCCAUAACAACUUGAACAUUCCUCAAACAGCGAAAUACUCUCAAUUUUAACCGAUAACGCCCAAUCAAACUUCCUCCAAAAGAAAAAAAUGGAGGCAACCUCAGUGCUCAGCUCCUCUUCUACUUCCUCUUUUCCGCCUUCACACAUCCUCUUAUCUUCCUAUACCUCAAAACCCCAAAUGGGGUUUAUCUUCAAUUCUUUAUCAAAAUGCACUUCUGCUCCUCGUUUGCUCUUUUCUUCUUCACACCAAACUAGUGUCUACACUAACAGCAACAGUAGUAGAUUCUCUGUGCUUCGCCCUUCAGCUCUUACUGUUGAAGAAGCUGUUGAACAAUCCACUGAUACUUUUUCAGUGCAGCCUAAAAUUGAUAAGAGUGGCAGAUUUUGUAGUCCUAGAGCCGCCCGAGAACUCGCUCUGAUGACAAUAUAUGGGGCUUGUUUGGAAGGGUCAGGCCCUGUUCGCCUUUUUGAGAAACGGAUGAACAUUAGAAGAGAACCGGGAUAUGAGUUUGAUAAAGAGUGGUUAGUGAAGUACAAUCACAUGAGCUUUGGAGGCCCCCCUGUGAAAACUGAGACGGUUGAAGAAGCUGAUGAACUUCUGAAAAAUGACGAAAAUGAUUCUGAAAUAGGCUUUGUUGCUUAUUACUUCUUGGAGCUGUAUCGUUUAUUACUUUUGAUUCAAGCUGAAGUUCUCUCAGCUCCACCAAAGUUAGUGUACAGCAAACUUAUUUUGCGUUUCUCACGGAAACUUUUGGUGGCAGUUGAAGAAAAGUGGGAUAAUAACGUGCUUGCAAUAAAUAAAGUGGCACCCGAUAAUUGGAAGAAUGAGCCAGCAAGCAGGAUCCUGGAGUUCUCAAUUCUUCAUUUAUCAAUGGCUGAAAUAUCAGUAUUAGGAACACGGCACCAGAUAGUCAUCAAUGAAGCUGUUGACCUUGCGAAACGAUUCUGUGACGGGGCGGCACCCCGUAUUAUCAAUGGUUGCCUCAGGACAUUUGUAAAGGAUCUUGAAAGAGCAAAUUCCCGAGCUAACCAGUCACUGUUUACUUGACACGUCGAAGAUCUCAAGAAUUUAAUGAAUACUCAAAGAGUUAAUAUCUCAACCUACAGGAGACACUCUUUCCGGGCAUUCCUUGCAAAUGAGAAAGAGAUCAGCAAUGCCUUGAGAUGCAGCUCCUCGGACAACUUUGUGCGCUCAUCCAAUAUAAGGAAGAAUUGUAUAUCAAGAUGUUAGCAUUGCCAAUUUUCAAGUGUAUGGUUAAUAGUGUCAUGUCUAUCCUGAAGCAAUGUAUAUUGUAUCACACUGUUUAAUGAAGGCUUUGAGCCUUUGACUUGAAAUUUCAGUUUGUAAUAGCUUUUUCUUUUUUGGUUUAAAAGACUACUUCUAUUAAUUAA